UCUGGCACAGCACAUAUUUUUCGACCGCGGAAUGGAAAGGUUGCUGCUGCGCGCGUUGUCUAAUUGUAAAAUAACUAAGAAUUUGAAGACGGUUGCUCGGUGUUCGGUAUAUUAAUAUAUAUACAAAUGUGCUGUAUGUACAUAUAUGAUUGAUCUUAAUCGUAGAACAGCCGCACACAGAUACGCAAACGGACUGAUACAUUAAACAAAUUUAACAUAUACUGCCACCACCCUCGUUUUCGUUGUCGUUGUGUUUUUGCUGCCGCUUUCGUCGCUGCAGCAGAGCCAAGUGAGAGAACAAGUGCGCCGCCAGCACCCCCCAGCCCCGCGCGUUAUUUUUUAUUGGUUAAACAUGACGUCGCCUGGUUGCCGUGGAUUCAGCGCGGCGGCAGCGCUGCUGCUGCUCUGCGCCACGUCUGCAGCUAGCGCAGAGCUGUCUGACAAAUUGCGCGAUGAUUCGGAGCUUUCUCAGAGCACUGCCAAAUCCUUCAGGCGCCUUAUGCCAGUGAGGUUCUACAGCCAAGUGGAGCAGAAUCCCAUUGCCAAUGCAACGCUAACGCUGCGCAGCUGCACCCUCUUUGUGCCCACCAACGAAGCCUUCCAGCGCUACAAAGGGAACAUCCAUGUGCUCUAUCACAUUACUACUGCGGCAUUCAGCAAAGAACAACUGCCAAAAACUGUGUCAUCCGACAUGGAUGGCAAUCCGCCGCUAUAUAUCACAAAGAAUCGCAAUGGUGACAUCUACGUGAACAAUGCACGGAUCAUUCCCUCGCUGAGCGUGGAGAUGACCAAUCGAGAGGGCAAGCGACAGGUCAUGCACAUCAUUGAUGAGGUGCUGCAGCCACUGGCCGUCCAGAAGAAUGCUCAGGACAACAUCAACAAUCCGGAUGCGAUGCAAUUCCUGCAGAUGGCCGAACAGCUCGAGCUGAACGACUUCCACCUGCGCACCUAUCGCUCCCAGGUGACGUUGGCAAAGAAGGAGUCCGUCUACCAAUCGCCCGGAGCUCACACCUUCCUCAUUCCGAUCGACGAGAGCUUUAAGCUCUCGGCACGGAGUGGCCUAGUGGAUGCCAAGGUCAUUGAUGGCCAUGUGAUACCGAACACUGUCAUCUUCACUGCCGCCUCGCAGCACGAUGAUCCCAAGACAUCGGCUGCAUUCGAGGAUCUGCUCAAGGUUACCGUCAGCUUCUUCAAGCAAAAGGAUGGAAAGAUGUACGUAAAGUCCAAUACGAUUGUUGGCGACGCCAAGCAUCGUGAGGGUGUGGUUCUGGCCGAAAUCGUCAAGGCCAACAUUCCAGUGCAGAACGGAGUCGUCCAUUUGAUCCACCGACCGCUGAUGAUCAUCGACACGACCGUCACCGAUUUCCUAAAGAACAAUUUUGGGUGUAAUUCGUUCAAGUUCUUGAACGAGAACGGCGAGAACGGAGCUCUCAGAAAGUUCUACGAAGUUAUUAUGGACAAUGGUGGCGAAGUGCUGGACGAUAUCACCAAUCUGUCGGAGGUCACAAUUCUGGCACCCAGCAAUGAUGCCUGGAAUGCAUCCCUAAUCGAAAAUCUUUUAAGAAACCGCAAGAAGAUGAGGGAAAUCCUGAACAUGCACAUCAUUAGGGACCGCUUGAAUGUGGAUAAGAUCAGGCAGAAGAAUGCCAAUAUGAUUGCCCAAGUGCCCACCGUCAACAACAGUACGUUCCUGUACUUCAACGUGAAGGGCGAGGGUACCGAUGCCGUGAUCACCGUUGAGGGCGGCGGCGUCAAUGCCACUAUUAUCCAGGCUGACGUUGCUCAGACGAAUGGCUAUGUGCACAUUAUCGAUCGGGUCCUGGGCGUUCCGCACACCACAGUUCUCGGCAAGCUGGAAUCCGAUCCCAUGAUGAGUGACACCUACAAGAUGGGCCAGUUCUCACACUUUAACGAUCAGCUGAACAACACUCAGCGUCGCUUCACCUACUUUGUGCCCCGGGACAAGGGCUGGCAGAAGACCGAGCUGGACUACCCAUCGGCUCACAAGAAGCUCUUCAUGCCUGACUUUUCCUACCAUUCAAAGUCUAUUCUGGAACGCCAUCUGGCCAUUGCGGAUCAUGUGUUCACCAUGAAGGAUCUGGUUCAGUACUCGCAGCAGGCCGGCAACGUUGUCCUGCCCACAUUCCGCGACUCGCUCCAAAUCAGAGUGGAGGAGGAAGCUGGACACCUACAUGAUGAGAAUGCUAGUCACGAAUGGACUGGCUAUGUGAUCAUUUGGAACUACAAGAAGAUCAACGUCUAUCGGCCCGAUGUGGAGUGCACCAAUGGAAUCAUCCAUGUCAUUGACUAUCCGCUACUGGAGGAGAAGGACGUGGUUGUGAGCGGAGGUAGCUAUCUGACAGAAUCAAGCAUUUGCAUCAUUUUGGCCAACCUCAUAAUGAUAACAGUAGCAAAGAUCUUGAACUAAACCAGCAUCCAAUAUGUAAAAAUCAAAUCGAAUCAAAAGCAAAAAGCAAAUGCGAAUGCGAAUCAAACAACAACCGCAACACAUACCAACCACCACAACCACCACAGUCACAGUCGUCUACAGAAACUACCAUUCAACCGAUCAAACUCAAACCAACUUAAAAAAUCAGAUUAAUAUGAUAUAUAUAUAUAUGGAUGGAUAUAUGUAUAACCAUCACUACAUACAUAUGUACAUGCAUAUCCAUAUGAUAGUCGUAUUGAAAGCAAGCAACCAAAAGUGUAUCUGUAUUAUAUGCGUCACAAGGAACCAGCCUUCCACCAUGCCACAUGCCACAUGCCGCCUCAUGCCCCAUUUACACAUAGACACACACACUCAGAAACACACGCAUGCAGGGAACUGCAGAGCUGCUAGCAUUCCUCUGAAGAUGAUGAUUGAUAAUGAAAAUGAAGACGUUGAUGAUGAUGAUGAAACCUUUACUUUUAAGUAUUAAACUGGAUUCCCCCCCACUCCCUUCUAAGGCCUUAUGUAUUAUAUGAAAUAUAUAACCCCAUUGUGUAACAUUUUAAUUUUAUGUUCGACAUAUACUGAUAGCUUACGUUCAUAUCGCCUACGUUCAUCAGCUCGAUAAGUUUUACAUUUAAUCUAAUCUACAUACAUGCGUACAUAAGUACGUGUGUAUGUAUAUCUCUACGUAUUGAUCUGAUUGUGUUUAUGAUUUUAAGUGUACAUUUUUAUUUAAUUUAUGAUUUAAAAAGUGAGUUAUCCUAAGUAGAAUGCGAAUUUCAUUCAUGUAAAUACAUACAUAUAUGUAUUUAUGUACAUGACAUGUCAACGCAGAAGCAAUAAGCGCAUCACAUACUCUCAUAUUCGUAAAAAUACACACACAUACACUUACAUUACCAACACCCACUCACAUACACAAACCAAACUGUAAAAUUCGAAAAACGUGUGAAAGAUAUUUUAUAAUAAACUGAAAGUUUUUCAUUUGAACAUUCGAUGGUAAACGUACGAAACUAAAUUUUAAGUUGUAAGCCCAGCCAGCAUAUCCUUGUAUCCUUCAAAUCGAAUGAAAGACUAUACACACACAUACAUAUGUAUUUAUGUAUAUGCUCAGGACAAGAAAUGUGCAAGGCAUCCAAACAAAGAAACAAUUAAAUUAAAUGAAAUGCCACCCAGCACUUAGUUGUUAGUCCUGCCAUGCAUGUAAACCCCACAACAGAACACACGCCCCACCACACCCACACCCACAGACAUCAGAUAUCAGACAUGGAGCGAAGAUACAUAGCAACUGCAAUUUAAGUAAGUCGAAUGCGAACAACUGCUAACUACUACUACAACGCAUACUCCUCCAAUACUCCAACACACAAUACAAUAUCCUGUUUCCACUGAGACAUGCAACAGAACACGACAUUUACUCACUGAAUGGAUUUUGAUAUAAAUUUUUAACCUACAUACAAUAUAAAUACAAAUAUACGACAAUGAUGUGAACAUCAGAAACAUAACAAAAUUUCUCCUACUCUGCUGCAUCCCCUGCUGCAACGCAACUGCUGCAGCUGCAGCUGCAGUUGUAUUUUAAACUUUGUAUGUAGUUGUCAUGUAAAAUUAAAACAAAAAAACAACCUAGUUUAUAGUCUGAUUUAGAACAACCCGAUGCUAACCAUACAAACUCUCUUUCUAUUUCUCUCUGUCUCUCCCCGAUAAUGCCAUGUAUUUAUAGGUUAGACAUUGUAACUAGCGUGUGUGUGUCCUAACCUACCAAAACAACCAAAAACUGAGCGUUAAAAAUUGAACUGUUAUACUCCUUCUUCUAUGUAAACCCCCUAAGAGAAAACACGCAUUAACUAUCAGCCUACCUACCAGUACACACAACUCCUACUAUCAACAAGAACAACCACACACUCAACCAACCCACAUACGAUCGAUACCCGAUACUCGAUACCCGUACUGUAGCGAAAACUCUCAGUUUAAGUUGUCGCAGUUGCUUUGUGUAGUUGCUAAUUCCCGAUCUGAUCGGAUACCCCAAUUCCAGAAGUUUUUAUCUUUAGUAGGCGGCGGGGUCGUCGCUGCAAUGUUGCUUGGUAUAUUGUAAGCAGAUUAGUUUGGGUUUUGCGGCCAGUAUUGCACUGGCUGUAGCAGCUAACCGAAAAUGUAUGUAGUGAAAAAAUGAUGAAUACGCUAAAUGGAAAGUAUGUACACGAAAGCUUUAAAGAAGAGUGCUGUGCUGCUUCGAAGAGUGGCGCAGAUGGGAGCAAAAAAAAGACGGAUUUGUGAGGGGAAACGCAUUGCAAUUGCAAUUAGUGUGUCGUAGUCAGUAGUUACACGUUGGCCAGCGUCCUAGCGUGUGACUAGUGCCUUACUAAAGAUAAACGCAUUACCUUAACCUUUAUACAAAUUUACUCGAAUUAAAUGUAUGAAAUUAAAUGAAUUAAAUGAAUUAUUACUUCUAACAACUAACGAAGAGUGCAAA